UCGACAUUGUCCUUGCGUGCAAUAACGAAAUAAUCCAACUCAGAACAUGGAUUUUAACGACAAAGUUGUGUUAAUAACCGGUGCCAGUUCAGGAAUUGGAGCGGCUACUGCCAUUUACUUUGCCAACCUGUCAGCAAAGCUGGUAUUAGUGGGCCGUAAAGAAAAUAACUUGCGAAGAAUCGCUGCAUAUUGUGAGAAAGUAAAAGGAGUAAAACCUCUUACUAUUACCGCGGAUGUAACUGAAGACGCAGACGUAGAGAGGAUCAUCGACGAAGCCAUGAAACAUUUCCAGAAGCUGGACGUGUUGGUCAAUAAUGCCGGCGUUUUAAAGCCGGGUGGAAUUAAGAAUUCCAAUAUGGACAACUAUGACACUGUAAUGUCUACGAAUAUGCGCGCCGUUUAUCACUUAACAAUGCGGGCUACGCCUCAUCUCAUUGAAAGCAAAGGUUGUAUCGUCAACGUGUCGAGUAUAGCUAGUACGAAGCCUAACGCUUUAACCAUAGCUUACAACGUUUCGAAGGCCGCAUUGGACCAGUUUACAAAAUGUGUAGCUCUGGAAUUGGCGGCAGAUGGUGUUCGCGUUAACUCGGUGAACCCUGGAUUUGUGAAGACGAAUAUCCUGAGUGAUACGGGGUUAUCGGAAGACCAAUUGGAGCUGGUCGUGCAGAAUAUUGUCAAUAACAUGCCGCUGAAGAAGCCGCUGCAAGCGGAUGAGGUUGCUGGCGUCAUUGCGUUUUUAGCGAGCAACAAAGCUAAAAGCAUUACUGGAUCUUGUUUCGUAAUCGAUGGCGGUAGCUUAUUAAAGUAAAAAAAGUCUAAUAAAUAGUAGGUGCCAUCUCAAAAU